CGGGUCACAAUUAUUCCAACUCGCUAUUAAGCGGAUGGAUCAAGUUAAAACGAAAACCCACCCAACCCGCCCAUUGCACACCACUAUAUUGUUGUCGCUAGCUAGUACCACGAGAUUAAUGCUUCUUUGUUUCUUCUCUAGCUACUUAUUCUACACUUCUCUAUAAUCCACUACACUCUCUCUCUCUCCCUCCCUCCCCAAAAUGCCUUAUAUAAUCCAAGCAACCCCUCAAUUAGUGCACAGCCUAUAGCUCUCAUUCUUCCAAAACAGAAAACCCCCAAAAACCCAAACAAACUCUUCCUUUGCAUAUGGAGAAGAAAGCAACAACAUUAAUCCAAGUCCCGGCAGUGGAGCUGGCGGUGACGGGUUCUUCUCCGCCGGCCAAGAUCAAGAUGCCGUCGAUCGGGAUGGGGACGGCGUGCGCCGCCCCGCUGCCACCGUCGGACGUCCUGGUGGCGUCGUUCCUCGACGCCGUGGAGGCCGGGUACCGCCACUUCGACACGGCGGCGCUGUACGGGACGGAGGAGAGCCUGGGGAGGGCCGUGGCGGAAGCCGUCGAGAAAGGGAUCGUCAAGAGCCGCGACGAGUUUUUCAUCACGUCCAAAGUUUGGUGUACCGAUCUGCAUCCCGAUUCCGUCGUCCCCGCGCUGGAAAACACACUACGGAGGUUGGGAAUGGAGUACGUGGACCUGUAUCUGGUCCACUGGCCAGUGAGCCUGAAAAAGGAAGCUGCCCCACUAGGGUUUGCCAAAGAAGACAUAGUCGAGUUCGACAUGAAAGGGACGUGGGGCGCCAUGGAACAGUGCUUCAGACGUGGGCUCUGCAAAUCCAUUGGUGUCAGCAACUUCGGCCCCGCCAAACUUGGCCAAUUGCUUCGCCAUGCAACCGUCCCGCCUGCUGUUAAUCAGAUAGAAAUGAACGCAGGGUGGCAGCAGAAGGAGCUGGUGAAGCUGUGCAAAGAGAAAGGGGUUCUGGUGUGCGCCUGGUCGCCGUUGGGAGCAAACGGCGCCGCUUGGGGGUCUUUCUCCGUCAUGCACAGCUCCGUCCUCAAGGAAAUUGCCGACGCCAAAGGCAAGUCCGUCGCUCAGGUAGCGUUGAGAUGGAUAUACCAGCAAGGUGCGAUUCCAAUAGUGAAGAGCUUCAACAAGGAAAGGAUGAGGCAGAACCUGGACAUCUUCGACUGGGAACUGACACCAGACGAGGUUUCAAGAAUCGAGCAGCAGAUUCCACAGCAGCGUGGCUUCUCUGGGGAGAUGUUCGUCUCUGAGACUGGGCCUUACAAGUCUGUCGACGAGCUUUGGGAUCAACCUUUCAGUCUACCAUCAUAAUGAAAGGACAACAGUCAUACCCAUCUUGGCAUUCGAAAUUUAGCAUCGGGAUCACGUACCAGGGAAUUGUCACGAACUAUUUGGCCUCUGUAGCUAGUGUUUUGUUACUCUCUUUCUCUGUCAGGGAUUAUGGAUUCCUGCAGAAGAGAAACAUCGAUUUAAGUGGCGUAACAGAGAAGAGUACACGCCUUCAUCACAUCAUUGCAUCAAACAUGCAGGGUGGCUAAGGACAUUAUUUGACCCUUAAUCUGCAAAUGAGAUGUCUGAUAAUCUAUCAGUCAGCCAUGAACCAGACGUGAACAAAUCUUGGGCUGAGUAGUAAUUGUCAAAGACUAUGGCUCGGAAGACAUCACAAGUGUUAUAAAUAAAACAUCUACUAAUUGUCUAAUUCAAAGAGAGAUUUUAAUAACAUGAAAGGGGAUCAUCGUGAAUUUUGUGGAUAGGCAGAGCAUGUUGAUUCCUACAGCCAUCUGAGCAAAGCAUAGCUGGUUUUACAGUCGGACAAUUCCCGUCCCUUACACAUGCUGCAGCAUGUCACCCUGAAAAGGAAGAACAGUAGCAAGUUUUGAAUUUGAGCUAAGACCAUUAUACUCCUUUGUUUCUGGCAUCCAUACAAGCUUUUCAUCUUAGGUGGCUUUAAUCCAAUGAAGUGAUGAAUCCUAAAUUUAGCAGCUUUAUCAAUCUCCCUCAACCCGAAAUUUAGCAGCUGAAUCCAAAAGUGAAUUAGCAUAGAAGAAAGCUAGUCAAUACGUCACAAGGAGAUCGCCGAUGCCAAAUCCAAGUCCGUCACUCAGGUAGCAUUGAAGUGGAUAUACUAGCAAGGGGCGAGUAAAUAAACAGCUUCAACAAGAAUAGAAUGAGGCAAAAUCUGGACAUCUUCAACUGGGAACUAACCCAAGACGAGGUUUCAAAGAUCGAGCAGCAGAUCCCACAGCAGUGUGGCUCCUCUGCGAGGAGUUCGUCUCCAAGACUGGGCCUUACAAGUCUGCCAACGAGAUUUGUGAUCAACCUUUCAAUCUCUUGCCGCAAUGACAGGACGACCAUUAACAGUCAAUCCAUCUCUGGAUUGGAUUUUUAGAAUCGAUAUUACGUAUCAGAAUAUAUAUUCUUACAAGUAUUUGGCCUGUGUAGCUAGUGUUACUCUCUUCUUCUAGCAGGGAGUAUGACUCCUGCAGAAGAAAAACAACAAGUGACCUAACAGAGAAGGGUUCGACUUUAUUUAUUUUCAACAAAUAGGAUGCGUAAGCACAUUGUUGGAUUAUCUUGCAAAAUGAGAAGUCUUAUAAUCUAUCAGCAAGAAGCCAGAUGUGAAGAAAUUAUGCACAGCAUUAUUGUCAAAGACUAUGGUUCUAGCCAUAUGAAGCAUUAUUAACGGCCUCUACUGAUUCCAAGAGAUGUUUUAAGAACAGGAAAGGUAAAAAUCACCUAUCAAGUUACCUUGUGAAUCUUCAGGAUAUGCAGUGGCACUGGCAGUUGAUUCUUGCAGCCAUCUGACAGAAGCAAGGCUGGCUUUCAAGUCAGAUUAUUACAAUCUCUUACCCGCGCUGCAGCCACCCACACUGAUAUAGAUGAACAGGAGCAAUCCAUG